GUGAGUAUCAGAACGAGGUGGGCAAGCAAACCUGCAAUCGCUGCGAGAUUGGGUAUUACCAGGAUGAGCCUGGAUCGCCUCGUUGCGUCCUCUGCCCCAGCGGCACAACUUUGGGCCUCGGUUCAGUCUCUCUGGCAGACUGUGGAUGUGAGGCUGGCUUCAUUGAUCAGGCUGACGACGGCAAUUUGAGUUGCCUGCCUUGUGGCUCGGGCCUCGACUGCCCAGCUUUGGGCUCCGUGACGAGCUUAGGGUCGGGCAGUUCUCCACUGGGGAUCAACUUCGUGCCGAAAGUGAAGGAG